GGGCGCUGGGAGUCCAGGAAGGCCUCUUGCUUGAACCCCUUUGAUGUGCCCCGGGAGAAGUAGUUGGGGGGCGCGAGUCCAGCCUUGGCCUCUGGCUGGCAAGCCUUUGUUUUCCCCGGAGGGACCCCUUCUCCGCAUUCACGCGCACAUCCUCAGAGGUACAUGGGAAAGGUCCUGCCUCAUCCGCCAGCCAGCCUUGUAGCGCUUGCUUCUCGAGACCAGCCACAGAGCCGCGGGUGGAAGGAAGACCGAGGUUGGUCGUGGUCUGCUCUUGUGUUUGUUCACGGAUCCUAAGCUCUGGAGGGUGCUUCCUUAGUAGUUGCGUAUACCCGUGUUUUCCCGCUCUCAGUUAAGGAACCAAGAUUUUCUUCGCUCGAGCCCUUUGAGUUUGGGGCUGAUACGCAACAGAGCAAAGUGGCCCCCAGUUGUGCAGCUGCUCGUCCGGUCCUAACGCUGCGGGGGGAGCAGAUUUCACAGCCUGAGGUUUUCCUGGAUGUGGUAGAACGACUCACAGUCAUCAUUGCUGCCAACGGCACUCCCAUGAAAACUGACAUCCAAGGAGAAAUCCGGCUCAAGAGCUUCUUUCCUGGUUGCUCUGAGAUGCGGAUUGGCCUCGUGGAGGAGUUCUGCGUGGGCAAGACAGAGCUUCGAGGUUAUGGCACGGCUGUCCGCGUGGAUGAGUGUUCUUUCCACAGUUCUGUUAAACUAGAUGAAUUUGAGUGCAGUCGCAUCCUCCGUGUCAGCCCCAGCCAAGGGGAGCUGACUUUGAUGCAGUAUCAGUUGGCUGAUGACAUCCCCGCAGCCCUGCCUUUCCAUCUGUUUCCCACCAUCAGGCAUGAUUCCUGUGGCCGGGUGCAAGUUUAUCUCAAGCUUCGUUGUGACUUACUUCCCAAAAGCCAUGCUGUCCACAUUCACAUCCACCUCCCUGUGCCCAAAACCACACUGAGCUUUUCUCAGGAGUUGAGCAGCCCUGAACAGACAGCCAUCUUGCAGCCCACCACCAAGUCUAUUGAGUGGAUUGUCCCCCGAAUCCAAGGUGGCACCCAACUUUCUGCCAUGUUUAAGCUGGAGGUUCCAGGGCUAACCCAGGCAGGACUACGUGAGCUUGGUCCCGUCAACCUAUCUUUUGAGAUGCCAGCCCACACCUGUUCUGGGCUACAAAUCCGCUUCCUGCGUUUCACAGGACCACAACCUACUCUUCCUCAUCGCUGGGUGAGGUAUGUGACCCACAGCGAGUCCUAUGUGGUCCGACUCAAUGCAGGAUAGGCUACUUCCUUGUUAUUCUAAAUUAAACAGCUUUAUUUUUUAACCAGUAAGUAAACAGCCAAAGCCACAAAAUUGGAUAACUGGGGAACAUCCUGCAUGAACCCCAUUAAACAGGAGCGCAGACCAAGCAAGAAAACAAAUUCUAUGCAGCAGAAAACAUUCCUGAAAAAACAAGGCACAGAAUGAAGAUACUCAGCAGGGAAUCUGAGUCUAAAACUUUCUUCUGUUGGAACUGGCAGCCCCAUGGUGGGUGUAAGGAAGACCUCUGUGAGAUACCACCACGAGCGAAGAACUUCAGGAAACCUGCAGCAAGGGGGGGGGGGGGGG